AUGGUAGUAAAGGGUCUCAAUAUGAUAUAUACAAUGGCAAUUUUAUGGAUUACUUUUUUUUGUGAUUUACUACACUGCAAUUUGAUUCCAGUUGGGUGGAAAAAUUCGAAUGAUAAUAAAGUAUGUAAGGAAUUUAAUCAAGAUUCUGGUCUUCUUUCAUAUGUAAAUAAGAGUACAAAGUUUUCAGGCUUUAAAGUGUUCAAAAUCUACAAGUUCCAAACUUUUCCCUUUGCUUUUGAUGAGUUUUUGAGAGUAACAUACUGCGAAAAUGGCAAUUCUGUUUGGGACGAGAUUACACCUCUGAAAACUGACGAUAUCGAUUGGAACGUCCCUUAUUGCAUCAACCAUUCUGAAGUAGAGCACUGUUUUAAGAUAGCCAGGAGAAAGAAAUAUUUAACUCGAGAAAUUGGUGUGUACAUGCCAGGAACUUGGGUUGGUGGAUUAUUUUACUGUAAUGACAAGCUAUGCUCCAAAGAGCAAGCUAUUCCCCUUAUGCCACUGUACGCAGAUGAUUAUAGUAAGGAUUGGUUGAAUUUUAAAAGAGGCUCGAAGAUAGGAAAAUUCCUUGUGGAAAAAUAUAUACCACUAUUCAAAACACCAAAAAGUGAUUUUGCAAUCUUUGAGGAGAUUAUAAAAGGAAAGAUGGACGUUGCCAUUAAUAAUAAGAUUCGAAACUGGAAAAAGCCCAGGCGCGAAAGAUUACAAGAGAUUCUCUAUAAUCCUCAAAAUGAGCUUAGAAAACAAUAUGAAAGGAUUCCAAGUGAAACAUCCUGGUUCGAUGAAAUCGAUAUAACUGAAGAAUAUUCUUUAACCAAAGAAAACUAUAAAAGUGAGAAGAAGAUAUUAAACGACCUUUCUAGAGUGGCGAAUAUGCCACAUAAUUCAUUGAAAUUGAUCCUAUCAUCAAAUAAAACUACAGUCACUAACAAUACCGGGGAGAGCUCUGAAAUCUCCACAAGUAGACAGAUAAUGAUAUUAAAUGGGAAUGAAAAUGCAUUUAAACAAGUCGAAACUGAGCUAAAAAAGCUAAAUAUCUCAGUAAGACAAAUUCCCUUGCCAAAAAAGAUACAGAAUAUUAAUUAG